GAAGGUUUUAUUUUCGCCGGUGUGUUCAACACAGUACUUGAACUGUUUGUAAACAUAUUUUGGGCCGUGAAUUUUUAAAAAUGAAGCAAAAAACAGAAGAAAGUGAAGGAGAAGACGAUAUCGAUCAGUCUUUCCUUGAUCAAGUCCUGAACAAGUUGUACGAUUUUGGUGACAGUGGCAAAGACAAAAAGAAAAAACCCCGAAAGAAAAGGAAAAAAAUAAGUGAUGAAGAAGAGGAAGACAAAUGUGGUGACAUGCACAAUAGUUCUCGAGACAGCUGUGGCGACUGUAGUGAUAUGGCUCGGGAGCAGAUCAUCGCCGCGUCCUUAGUUACAAACUCCGAGAACACGGAGCCGGACACAAAACGACAAAAUGUUGAAAUAGUCACCUUUCAGGACCCAUUAAAGAAGAAGAAAACAAAAAUAACAGCUGAACCUGAAACGCCCACAGAGACAAAGGAGAGACAAAAAAUCAAUCCAUCUGAAUUCAGCAUAGAAAAGGCCCGUUUUGAGGUGCACAGGUUUGGCAUAACAGGGUAUCAGAAGAGCCAACAGAGGCUGUUUGAACAGGAACGCGCCAUCAUGCUCGGGGCCAAGCCUCCUAAGAAAGAGUAUGUGAAUUACAAAGAAUAUCAACAAAUGCUAAAGGAGAAGAAACUGAAGGAAAAGGAGGAAGCAGUAUCGGAACCGAAGAAGACGAAGAAAAGAAAGGAAGGAAAAGCCAAAAACGCCAAAGGGAAGUCCAGCGGAGACCUGGGCGGGCACGUGGGGCGUUUUAAAGACGGAAUGCUUCUGCUGAGUCCCAAAGAAAUCCAAAAAAUCAACCCCAAAAUAAAAAAAUGA